AUGACGGACAAACUCCCUGCCAACCUCCUCGCGCUGUUUGCACCCCGUCCGCAGCUCAAGUAUCUCAAACCUAUUGAUCGCGCGCCGGAAGACAUCAAACCGAGUGAUAUCGGUGGCAUUGCGCAAUACCUCGAUGACCUUCAAAGCUAUAGCGAAGAGGUGCCAUAUAAUGCAACUGAAAGUUGGCUUCAACGAAAGGCACGACAGAAGCUCGAGAAAAAGGAACAGCAUGAAAAAUUCCUUAGCCAAGGCUUAGAGAAAUACGAUCCUGCCUCCGACCCGCAAAUAAGAGGCGAUCCUUUCAAGACAUUGUUCGUAUCACGUCUGAGUUAUGACGUGAAAGAAGGUGAUUUGGAAAGAGAAUUCAGCCGAUUUGGCCCCAUUGAGAGGAUCCGAAUUGUAGCAGCACCGCAGAGUGAGAACCCCAAAAAGAAGCAUAGGGGCUACGCCUUUAUCGUCUAUGAACGUGAGAAGGACAUGAAGGGUAAUGAAUUCCUGAGCGCUUAUAACCCCCCCAAUCCAUUUUCCCCCUUCCUAGAGAUCAUGGAAACAGCGGCAUACAAGGAGACAGAUGGUAUUCGUAUCAAGGACCGACGGGUUUUGGUCGACGUUGAACGUGGCCGAACUGUUAAGGGGUGGAAACCAAGACGAUUUGGCGGAGGACUUGGAGGUAGAGGAUACACAAAGGCAAUGCCUUCACGUCCAAUGGGACCUGGUGGGUUUGGUCCUCCUUCUGGUCCAGGCGGCUUCCAAGGGAGUGGCUUCCGCGGCGGAUUUGGAGGUAGAGGUGGAUUUCGUGGUGGGUUCAGAGGCGAUCGUGGAUUUGGAGGACGAGGUGGUGUUGGAUACCAAGGGGGAAGAAGCGGUUUUGGUGGUCCUCCUAACGGAAUCAGUGCUGGACAGCCUCCCCCAAAUGCUCCAUCCGGACCCGGUGGUGCCCGCAGCGGCGGCUUUGGCUCUGAUGACAGGCGUGGAGGUUAUGAAGAUAGAUCCUACCGAGGAGGUUCCAGAUAUGAUCGAGCUGGUGGUGGAGUCACCGGUAGCAAUCGCGAACCCGUAAGAUCUAGGGACACUUAUGAUCGGGACAGCCACAGGGACCGGGACCGAGAUCGAGAUCGUGAACGUGAUCGUGACCGCGACAGACGAGACCGAGACAGCCACCGAGACCGUGACCGUGAUAGGGAUAGGUAUAGCCGCCGUGAUGACGAGCAUUCUAGAAAGAGAUACCACGAUGGGGAUGAAUAUGACGACCCUCGCAGCAAGCGAAGGUAUUAA